GUCUAUAUCUCGGAAAUUGCCUACCCAGCCAUCCGAGGACUGCUCGGCUCCUGUGUGCAGUUGAUGGUUGUCACCGGCAUCCUUUUGGCCUACGUGGCAGGCUGGGUCCUAGAGUGGCGUUGGCUGGCCGUGCUGGGCUGUGUGCCCCCCACCCUCAUGCUGCUGCUCAUGUGCUGUAUGCCUGAGACCCCGCGAUUCCUCCUGACUCAACACCAGCACCAGGAGGCCAUGGCUGCCCUUCGGUUCCUGUGGGGCUCUGAGGAGGGCUGGGAAGAGCCUCCCAUUGGGGUUGAGCACCAGGGCUUCCAGCUGGCUAUGCUGAGGCGCCCUGGUGUCUACAAGCCCCUCAUCAUUGGCAUUUCACUCAUGGCCUUCCAGCAGCUGUCAGGGGUCAAUGCCAUCAUGUUCUAUGCUGAGACCAUCUUUGAGGAGGCCAAGUUCAAGGACAGCAGCUUGGCCUCGGUCACCGUGGGCAUCAUCCAGGUCCUAUUCACAGCUGUGGCAGCCCUCAUAAUGGACAGAGCAGGGAGGAGACUGCUUCUGACCUUGUCAGGUGUGGUCAUGGUAUUCAGCAUGAGUGCCUUUGGUACCUACUUCAAGCUGACCCAGAGUGGCCCCAACAACUCCUCCCAUGUAGGCCUCCUAGUGCCCAUCUCUGCGGAGCCUGUUGACGUCCAUGUGGGGCUGGCCUGGCUGGCUGUGGGCAGCAUGUGCCUCUUCAUUGCUGGCUUUGCGGUGGGCUGGGGACCCAUCCCCUGGCUCCUCAUGUCCGAGAUCUUCCCUCUGCAUGUCAAGGGUGUGGCUACUGGUGUCUGUGUCCUCACCAACUGGUUCAUGGCCUUUCUGGUGACAAAAGAGUUCAGCAGCAUCAUGGAGAUCCUCGGGCCCUACGGUGCCUUCUGGCUCACUGCUGCCUUCUGUAUCCUCAGUGUCCUUUUCACGCUGACCUUCGUCCCUGAGACUAAAGGCAGGACUCUAGAACAAAUCACAGCCCAUUUCGAGGGACUAUGACAGCCCCUUUCUGUGACUGGCAGCCCUGAGCUGGGCUUGCUUUGGGUUUCAGAAGGAGUUCAGUGGCCUGUAGCUGAGCCACACCUCAGUUUGAGCCUGGAGCCCCCUACUCCUCAGGCCUCAGAGCCCCUCCUUGUCCAGGUUGAGACCCAGACCUAUGCUACGAGGUUCACCAGAUUCUGGAUCUAGUCUCUGUAGCCUGCAGCACACACAGGACAUCUGAGAAGCUGUGUAGUUGCGCCUGACACACGCCUCCUUCCUCAGACAAGCUCCUGUACCCUGUUUUCUGGCUGGGGAUCUUUUGGCUCCUGGGUCCUAAGCACCCACCUAUGCCUCCCACUUGACUGUGGGAUCCAAAAGGAAUUUGGCCACAUAAAAGUUGGGCUCAGAAAUGAAGCUGUGGCCUCUUUGAGUGAGCCCAGGUAGAGAAGAGAAUAUUCUAGUCAACCAACCAAACCUGCCCUCCUUGGCCCUGCCCAGAGGUUCUGUGGAUCCACUGUGGGGUCAGCCAGCUUACCCAUAACUUGCAGGUUCAUUCCAGCUCUUUCCUGGGCUCGGAGUCCUGGGUCAUUACUCACCAAAUCUUGUUGAAUUUCAGAAAAUAAAAAACCUUUUUCUGUUGGACUUUAA